GCUGAGUACAUUUCCUGCAGUCAUCCGUGGCUACCUAGAAGAGUACGGCCGGCACCUGGCCGGGGCAGUACGCUCGCGAAAGCAUGCUGAAAAUGUUAAGUCAAAGAUGGGUCGAAUUGUUGCAUUCCUCAGCUACAUGAGCCGUGAUAAGACCGAGCUGGGCUCCUGGCGCUUCUUGGAUGACGCCGGACGCAUAAUGGCCUGGCCCGCCGAACUCACCGAGCGGGAGCGGAAGGCCGUAACUACCGUUAAGGUCUACCUGGUAAACACAACCCAAUUCCACGUAUACUUCAUGGAGACGCCUCCGAGAAGCUCCAGGCUGUCCAAGCGGCAGCUCGUGUCCGUGAUGAGAGCUCUGAGGUCGGCUACGUGCCAAAUCGGAACGAAGGUGGUGCUUCGGCAGAUCAAGGUCAAGUCCGAGAAGCUACAGCGCUCCGUAACGCCCGAAAUUCUCCGCAGAUGCAUCGCAAAGUGUCGGGGCUGGAUCCCCAAACUCUUGCUGAGCUGCUCGCAAAAGAAGCACGACGUGGGACUGAGGCACCUGCUGUUCGGGUUCUUCGGCCUUUACCUUAUUUCUCUCUACGGCCAUCGAGCCGGAGUGAUGACCAACCUUACCACCGAAGAGGUCCUGGAGGCCGCGAGCGGGGCCGUCUCUUCCUCUCCGGGGGUCGUACUCAAUGUAAAGAACCAUAAGACUGCCCGGGUGUUUGGAUGUGCUCAGGUCUUUCUCACCCACGAGGAACUGGGCUGGAUCCAGCGGUGGAUGGAGAUCCGGGCUCGGCUACGUCCGCAGUGCGAUCUGGUCUUCUUCAAUACCAACCAUCAGCACGUGAACACCAUCACUGCGUUCGCCAGGAACGCGUGGGCAGCGAUGCUGCUGCCAGGGAGACCCUCGCUUACCGACAUCAGGACCGCGGUGGCAACGAUGGUAAGUUAUCCAGGAAAGCAGCAUAACCGCCAUCCGACCCCUGCCUGCCUGCCUGCCUGCCUGCCUGCCUGCCCGCCCUCUGACUCUCUGCCCCCCUCUCUCUCUCUCUCUCUCUCCCCUCACAGUGCAGGAACACCCACUCCAGUGAUGUCCGGACGCAGAUGGCCCGGGUCAUGUGCCACGACACCCGCACGGCCGACCGAUUCUAUGCGAUGCAGCUGGAUGUCGGCCAGAUGGCGGAGAUGAGGCGCAGAUUUGCCCAGUGCAUGGGAGAAGAAGCUGCAGAAAAUUCACAAUAAACUUUGAAUAAUGCACCAGGAUGUGUCAUGUCUCUUCAUUGUGUGGUGGUGGUGGGACAGGGGGGGUUUCCAGGUUCCAGUCCCGGCCAACGGGGCCCGCGGACCGGCCCGCACCACCUCUGGUAAUCUGAUCUGGGCUCCGAACCGAGCCGAGCCAGAGAGGCACCAGGCCCAUCCAGAAGGACCGAGGAGGAGACUCACCGGACCGGCCAGAGCCCACAGCGUUGCUGCCUCGGAGAUCCAGAGAACCAGAGAGAAGAUCCGG